GUCGCUCCCACGCAGACGCCCGCCAUGCCGCCUGCCAUGCCACAGUGGGUCCGGCAGGCACUGCUGGCCUUACUCCUCCCCACGCUCCUGGCACAGGGCGAAGCCAGGCGGAGGGGAGACCCCCAGGCCCGGAACAGCAGCAGACCUGCGCUCAUAAGGCUGUCGGACUACCUUCUGGCCAACUACGAGAAGGGCGUGCGGCCUGUGCGUGACUGGAGGAAGCCAACCACCGUCUCCAUUGAUGUCAUGGUCUAUGCCAUACUCAACGUGGAUGAGAAGAACCAGGUACUGACCACCUACAUCUGGUACCGGCAGGGGAGCAGACCAUACUGGACUGACGAGUUUCUCCAGUGGAACCCCAAGGACUUUGACAACAUCACCAAGUUGUCCAUCCCCACGGACAGCAUCUGGGUCCCCGACAUUCUCAUCAACGAGUUUGUGGACGUGGGGAAGUCUCCGAAUAUCCCGUAUGUGUAUGUUCGGCAUCAUGGCGAGGUUCAGAACUACAAGCCCCUCCAGGUGGUGACCGCCUGCAGCCUGGACAUCUACAACUUCCCCUUCGAUGUACAGAACUGCUCGCUGACCUUCACCAGCUGGCUGCACACCAUCCAGGACAUCAACAUCUCCCUGUGGCGUUUGCCAGAAAAGGUGAAGUUUGACAAGAGCGUCUUCAUGAACCAGGGCGAGUGGGAGCUGCUGGGGGUGCUGACCCAGUUCCGGGAGUUCAGCAUCGAAAGCAGCAACCACUAUGCAGAAAUGAAGUUCUAUGUGGUCAUCCGCCGGCGGCCCCUGUUCUAUGCCGUCAGCCUGCUGCUGCCCAGUAUCUUCCUCAUGGUCAUGGACAUCGUGGGCUUCUACCUGCCCCCGGACAGCGGCGAGAGGGUCUCCUUCAAGAUCACCCUCCUCCUGGGCUACUCGGUCUUCCUGAUCAUCGUGUCCGACACGCUGCCAGCCACUGCCAUCGGCACUCCCCUCAUCGGUGUCUACUUCGUGGUGUGCAUGGCUCUGCUGGUGAUCAGCUUGGCCGAGACCAUCCUCAUCGUGCGGCUGGUGCACAAGCAAGACCUGCAGCAGCCCGUGCCCGCCUGGCUGCGGCGCUUGGUUCUAGAGCAACUCUCCUGGCUGCUUUGUCUUGGCGAGCAGCCAACCUCCCAUAGGCCCCCGGCCAACUCCCAAGCCACCAAGACUGAUGACUGCUCAGCCAUGGGGAACCACUGCGACCAUUUGGGAGGACCCCAGGACUUGGAGAAGAUCCCGAGGGGCAGAGGCAGCCCUCCCCCUCCGCCGCGGGAGGCCUCGCUUGCAGUGCGAGGGCUGCUGCAGGAGCUGUCGUCCAUCCGGCGCUUUCUGGAGAAGCGGGAUGAGAUCCGGGAGGUGGCCCGGGACUGGCUGCGCGUGGGCUCUGUGCUGGACAGGCUGCUCUUCCGCAUCUACCUGCUGGCUGUGCUGGCCUACAGUGCCACCCUGGUCACACUCUGGUCCAUCUGGCAGUAUUCUUAAGUGGGUGCAGCCCCGCAGGGGCUGGGGCUGGUUAGGAUGGGGAGGAAGGACUUCUGCUUAGAUCCUUCCGGGCCCAGGGGCUGCCAGGGACAUUCCUUCUCAAGGCACGGCUGCAGUUCCUCCCAUUUCCAAUGCUGAUUCACCUCAGCAACCCUGAACCACAGAGUCUGAAGCCUUACCCCAAAACUUGAUGUUCAGAUUCUUCCGUCCACCGCUUAUCCCCAACUACCCAUUACGGCUUCAAAAUAUAUGCUCUUAGGCCAGGAGAAACCUCAGCAUGCCCUCACGUCACUCUGCUCGUCUGUGCAUCAAGCCUCAGCUUCCCCAUGGAUGUCCCUGGAUAAGGCAUUCUGGAAUUCUCAUUCCCCCUCAAACUUGUUUGUAGGUUGGAGGUAAAAACAGCCUUCUAUGACAUGGCUCGGCAACACUGCAGUCAGUGUACCUGACCCCCAACACCC